CCCUCAUCUCAUCUCAUCUCGUCUCAUCUUGUCUCAUCUCACUCAUCCCCCUCACUGUGGUUCGUUGUGCCUCAAGCCUGGGCAGAGGUGUGAUCGCUACCACAGAAGCCUAAUCACUCAUGCACACGCUCUCAUCGCGGACGGACGGACGGAGCUAGUCCUGCACCUGCACAAAGCGAUGCUGCUGCUGCUGCUGCUGCUCGACCCGAAUCCAACCCGAGCUUUUCCUUCCGCUCUUUAUCGCUCUCUCAAUCCGCGACAAGUUCAAGCCCAGGAUGCCCUACACACCUCUCCACCGCCGUGUUUACUGAAAGUGGAAGCGCAAGGCUAGCAUGUUUUCUUUACACAAAAGGAGCGUGAUCUGACCCCAGCGUUAACUUUAGUUUUUUGUUUUUAAUAGAUUUUUAAGGAGGAAAAGCGCACUUGGACCUGAUUGGUGUUUUUUUCCCUUUCUAACAAUGCCUGUACGAAGAGGUCAUGUGGCCCCGCAAAACACAUUUCUGGGAAUAAUAAUACGCAAAUUCGAGGGACAAAAUAAGAAUUUUAUCAUCGCAAAUGCUCGUGUUCAGAACUGCGCAAUCAUCUACUGUAAUGACGGCUUCUGUGAGAUGACCGGCUUUUCCAGGCCUGAUGUUAUGCAGAAGCCCUGCAUGUGUGAGUUCCUGCAUGGGGAGAGGACCAAGCGACACUCCAUUACCCAGGUGGCCCAGGCUCUGCUUGGCUCUGAAGAACGCAAAGUGGAGAUCACUUACCACCGCAAAGAUGGUUCGGAUUUUCUUUGCAAUACGCACAUCAUUCCAGUCAAGAAUGAGGAGGGUGUGGUGAUGAUGUUCAUCCUGAAUUUUGAUUAUGUUCUAGAAGAGGACAGCACUGAUUCACUGGAAAGGCUGAAAUACACUCCUCCACUAAAAUCUGAUUACAGGAAAGGAAGAUUCUUUAGGUUCCGCCUGCCUUCCUUGAACUUGUUAGUUUCCAGUAAACAGUCUCUGCCCCAGGAAGACCCUGACACAGUAAUGGUGGAUUCUUCGAGAGCCAGCAAUGACUCUGUCCCCCUAAGGGAUUUCCAGUCUCCGACGAAGGACAGCUGCAGUCCUGCUGAUGCCAAUGACACACAGGCCCUUAUCAGCUCCAGUCCCCACUCAUCCCCAAUCAGUGUGUCCGGACCCCUCGACCACUCGUCCCCUAAACAGCCCUGGGACCGUCCAAGCCUGUCUCAGGCCCAGUCCACUACAUGCCUUGCACAGUCUAUCUCCAAAGACAGUGUGUGUAGCAGAAGACGAGCUUCAUCGGUGCAUGAUAUUGAAGGCCUGAGCUCCAAUUCCAAACGCCUAUUGAGGGACCGACAUGCUAGUGAAGACCAUGGCCGCAGUAUGAAAGGUCCUUUUAACCAUCUCAAAUCUAGCCUUCUGAGCUCUACCUCAGACUCCAACCUGAACAAGUACACUACAAUUAACAAAAUCCCCCUCAUCGCACUUAACUUCUCUGAAACUAACAAUGACAAAAGAGCCCCCUCACCUCCUGCCUCUGAGAAGACCAUCAUUGCUCCUAAAGUUAAAGACCGAACACACAAUGUCACAGAAAAAGUCACACAGGUGUUGUCACUAGGUGCAGACGUAUUACCAGAGUACAAGCUCCAGGCUCCACGUAUAGACAAAUUUACCAUUUUACACUACAGCCCGUUUAAGGCCAUGUGGGACUGGCUCAUUCUGCUGCUUGUCAUUUACACAGCCAUCUUCACCCCAUAUUCCGCCGCUUUUCUGCUGAACGAUCUUGAGGAACAAAGGAGGAGAUUAUGUGGUUACUCCUGCAGCCCUCUUAACGUUGUCGACUUAAUGGUGGACAUCAUGUUCAUCAUCGACAUACUUAUAAACUUCCGCACCACAUAUGUUAAUAUCAAUGAGGAGGUAGUAAGUCACCCAGGGAAGAUUGCUGUGCACUAUUUUAAGGGGUGGUUUCUCAUAGACAUGGUAGCAGCCAUUCCCUUCGACCUGCUCAUCUUUGGAUCAGGGUCAGAUGAAACAACUACUCUGAUUGGUCUGUUGAAGACGGCAAGGCUGCUGAGAUUAGUCCGGGUGGCCAGGAAGCUGGACCGCUACUCUGAGUAUGGAGCAGCAGUGCUAAUGCUCCUCAUGUGCAUCUUUGCACUUAUUGCCCAUUGGCUUGCCUGUAUCUGGUAUGCCAUUGGUAAUGUAGAGAAGCCUUAUCUAAAGCACAAGAUUGGCUGGCUGGAUAAUCUUGGAGUGUCUAUUGGAAAACGUUACAACAGUAGUGACCCCAAUUCUGGACCCUCAAUUAAGGACAAAUAUGUCACUGCACUGUAUUUCACUUUCAGCAGUCUAACCAGUGUGGGCUUUGGCAAUGUCUCACCAAAUACAAACUCGGAGAAGAUCUUUUCUAUCUGUGUCAUGCUUAUUGGAUCUCUAAUGUAUGCCAGCAUCUUUGGGAACGUAUCUGCUAUCAUUCAGCGGCUCUACUCAGGAACAGCACGGUAUCACACUCAGAUGCUGCGUGUGAAGGAGUUUAUCCGCUUCCACCAGAUCCCCAACCCACUCAGGCAGCGGCUGGAGGAGUAUUUUCAACAUUCAUGGAACUAUACUAAUGGCAUUGACAUGAACAUGGUGUUAAAGGGCUUUCCAGAGUGCUUACAAGCUGAUAUCUGUCUCCAUCUGAACCGGAGCCUUCUACAAGACUGUAAGGCCUUCCGUGGGGCAACAAAAGGCUGCUUGCGUGCUCUGGCAAUGCGCUUUAAGACAACCCAUGCUCCCCCAGGAGACACACUGGUUCACUGUGGAGAUGUCCUCACAGCACUUUACUUUCUUUCUCGAGGUUCCAUCGAGAUCCUGAAGGAUGACAUUGUAGUGGCCAUUCUAGGCAAGAAUGACAUCUUUGGAGAGAUGAUCCACUUGUAUGCAAAACCGGGAAAGUCAAAAGCAGAUGUGCGAGCUCUGAGCUACUGUGAUCUGCACACAAUCAACCGGGAAGACCUGCUGGAGGUGCUGGAUAUGUACCCUGAGUUCUCUGACCACUUUCUUACCAACCUGGAGCUUACUUUUAACCUGAGAGAUGAGAACACCAAGACUAGUUAUUCACAAGGAAGUGACUCAGACGGAGAAGACAAUAUUGAGAAGGACAAGAGAAAAAUUUCUUUCAGUUGUAAGCAAACCAAAGGGGGUAGCAUCAAGGACAUGGAAAAUGAGACCAAGAAGGAGUGUCGCGAGUCACGACUCAGCUCGAAAAGAGGCUCUGAUGACUGCAGGACUUUCAAGGAGGAGCAGCAAAGAAAUCAGGCAGCUGGAAUAAUGGAAUAUCCAUGUGUAGACGGUUAUACCCUGACCUCUGAUUGUAGCCCGUUUAGUGACAAGCUGGAAAAAGAGGCAUGUUACUAUGAAAGGUCGAGUGCUGACUGGGACAGUGUGAGGCCAAGGCAGGCAUUGGAAGAUUCACAAGCUCCGUUUCACAAGCUAAAAAGGGAGGAAGAGGAGGAGCUAGACUGUGACCUCACAUAUGGAGAAGUACAACAGAGAUUGGACCACCUGCAGGAUCACCUGAACAGGCUGGAGUCUCAAAUGACGACAGACAUCAAGGCUAUCUUGUGCUUACUACAAAGAAGCUCAUCCGCAGGUCCUCCUACAUACACUGCAGUCACCACAGGUCUAGAGAAACAGACCAUCAGAGCACAAUCUGCACUCAACACCAGCCAAACCCUAACACCUGCCCUGCAGGACCAGGAGACAACUCAGCCCCAUAGCCCUAAAGCAAAUGAAGAUAUCCUCUCCAAACAUCAACAUUCCAAAUCACUUCCUCCCAUCCACCUCUCCUCAACUUCUCAGAUACUUGUCAAUAGUACAACAGCCACAGGGCUCCAAAGGCCUAUAUCGGACCCUGGACUGCCAAGAUGUAGCACAGAUGUAACCAUUCCAUGACUAGAAGACUUCGCUUCUAUACCUUAGGGGGAAGGAUUGCAACCUUUAAGAACAUUAGGCUUGUAUGCACAAGGAGAAUAAUAUUUCAGAAGGUCAUCACCAUGAAGCUGAAAGUUUUUGUUGAACAUUAUGUUUGGGUUUGAGUGAGAAUCCUUAAACUCUGACCUCGUUUGUAGGUUUUGCUCCAUGCUAGCCUGCUGGAUGUGAAUAAGUAACCUCACUCAAGGGCUCAGGGUCUGGUUCAUUAAUCCAUUACACAAUGAAUAGAGAUGGUGGACUCUCAUUUCUAUGAUUGUUCAUUUCCCCUCCGUUAUAAAUUAUAAUGCUGUGUUCUAUCAUUAUUUGAUAACUAAAUUCGUAAAAUUUGUAAAAGAAUGGAAUGGUUUGCAAUUCUGAUACUGAUCGUAUUCUAAGGUCUGUAUGAUUUUGGGUUGAUGAACAGCACUUUUGCAGGUGUCACAGCCAUGUAGCCAUUUUCUGCCUCGGUUUACAGUUACACACUUUUGUUAUUAUCAAAGUCAAAAAUUUGGUAGAUAAUAAGAGAUUGGCAUUUGAUAGCAUCAGCAUUUGCUUACACAUGUAUUUGCCACUUCUCAUGUUCUUACAGCACAUUCCUUUUUUUUAAAGGUUAAGCAGCAUGUGGCAAGUCUGUCAAUAGAAAAGUGCAUGUCUGAAAGCGUUACCUGUUGCAUGCUUGCAACAUACCGGAAAGCAAGAGUAGUGUGAUGUACAGUAUCUAAAAUGAUCUUACUCCUUACGUUAAUGGGUCACAUUUCUUUCUACAUGAGCCAGAAUACUUGGAGGCCUAAAAUUAUUUUGCUGACCAAAGCUUUGGUACCAUA